AGUCCUCUUCAGUCAAGUUUUGUCAGUGUCAUUCAGAAGAGUUUUGUUUAUUGUGCGUGCGAGAAGAAAAAUUUCUUUUCCUCGGAAAUUGUUUCGUUGAAAUGUUGUGCAGUUAACCAAACAAAAUAUCGUCGAGUUGAGAACAACCAUUUUUACUCCUUAUCCUAGUCCCAUCAGUGCCAUAAUAAAAUCUAAUUUAAAUUAACCACAAAUCGUUAACAUGACGACAAUCGUCUAUGUUGUCAUUGUUUUAAUUACAAUCUCAGCCAUUCGCAUGGAAGAAAAUGACUAUGACAUCAAAAUACUCACCGUUGCCUCAGAUCCCACCGAAGGAUACAAUCGGUUCAUUCGAUCGGCCAAACACUACAAAAUCGAUGUGGAAACGCUCGGUAUGGGUGCCGAAUGGCUUGGUGGAAAUAUGAAACAUCAAGGCGGUGGCUACAAAGUUAAUCUACUGAAAAAAGCCAUACAGCCACUGAAGGAUACGAAAACCAUCAUUUUGUUCACGGACAGCUAUGACGUUGUGUACACAGCGUCAUUGGACACAAUAGUGAAAAAGUUCAAAAACACUGGAGCCAAUGUGCUGUUCGGUGCCGAACCGUAUUGCUGGCCAGACGAGACCGUCGAUCAUUUAUAUCCAUCGGUUGGUUAUACUCAGUCGAGAUUCCUCAAUUCGGGAAUGUUCAUUGGCUACGCAUCGGAUCUCUAUGAAAUCCUAAAAACCCCAAUCAAGAACACGGACGACGAUCAAUUGUACUACACCCGAGCGUUCCUCAACAAAGAAUUGCGCGAAAAAUUGAAAUUCAAACUGGACUACAAAUCGGAACUGUUCCAAAACCUGCACGGAUCCAUUGGUCAAGUGAAAUUGGAAUUCGAUGAGGACAGCGGCGAGUCGUACAUCACAAACUUGGAAUCGGAAACUCGGCCAGCUAUCAUUCACGGCAACGGUCCGUCGAAGGUCCAACUGAAUAAUUUCGGAAAUUAUUUGGCUGGCUCUUUCGUAUUUUCACGAUGUGUCGCUUGCGAGGAGAGCGUCAUUGAGUUGGGAGAAGACAAUCAAUUGCCUACAGUCACCUUGGCCUUAUUCAUCGAGAAACCGGUGCCGUUCCUGGAGGAAUAUUUCGAUUUAAUUUGGGCGCUGGACUAUCCCAAAAACAAAGUGGAUUUGUUCAUUCACAAUGCAGCUGAAUACCACUCGGACGUGGUGAAUGCUUUCGUUGAGAAAACGUCCAGUCAUUACGCAAGUGUUAAGACAAUUUUGCCGACAGACGAAAUUGGCGAGCACGAUGCCCGUGACCUAGCUGUAAACCAUGCCAAGAAUAAGAAGACCGAUUACCUGUUCGUUGUUGAUGCCGAAGCUCAUCUGGAUAGUCCGAACACGUUGAAGGAACUGAUGAAGCAGAAUCGUUUAAUCAUUUCACCAACGAUGGUCCGGCCCGGCGAAGUGUGGAGCAAUUUCUGGGGAGCGUUGAGUGAAAAGGGUUUCUACGCUCGAUCGCACGAUUACAUGGACAUUGUAAAGGAUAACAUUCGUGGCGUAUGGAACGUUCCAUUCAUUUCAACUUGUUACCUUGUCAAAUCAGCUGUUCUGCCGAAAAUAUCUUACAAACAAUACGAAGUACUAGAUGCUGAGAUGUCAUUCUGCAAAGGAUUGCGAGAACAGGUUAGAGAAUACAACCGACGCUCGUUAUACGCACGAACCGUUUUUAUUUCAACGAAAAUGCUUCUUACUUCACAGGACAUCUUCCUCUAUUCCAUGAAUCUGAAACACUACGGUCACCUCAUGAAUGGCGAACAUUACAAUACCGUUCUGGCUAGACCCGAUUUUUACAUGUUGUUCGACAAUCGGCCGGACUGGGAACAGCGUUACAUUCACAAGGAAUACAGUGCGCAUUUGGAACCGAAUGUUACAUUUAAGCAGCCGUGUCCGGACGUUUAUUGGUUCCCGAUUGUUACGGAAAAGUUUUGCGACGAUUUGGUUGCGAUUGUUGAAAAUCAUGGUAAAUGGUCGGAUGGUUCGAAUAGUGAUGAACGGUUGCAGGGUGGAUAUGAAGCGGUACCGACGCGAGACAUUCACAUGACUCAAGUCGGUUUGCAGUCGAUGUAUUUGAAGUUUUUGCAGCUGUAUGUGCGUCCGUUGCAAGAAGCAGUGUUCAUGGGAUAUUACCACAAUCCUCCAAAUUCACUAAUGAACUUCGUUGUUCGUUACAAACCCACCGAACAACCGAAAUUACGACCUCACCACGACUCGUCAACGUAUACGAUAAACAUUGCACUGAACACAGCAGGCGUUGAUUACGAAGGAGGUGGCUGUAGAUUCUUAAGAUACAAUUGUUCGGUCACGGAUACGGAAAAAGGUUGGAUGUUGAUGCACCCAGGUCGGUUGACGCACUUCCACGAAGGUUUGGAGACGACGAAGGGAACACGAUACAUAAUGAUAUCGUUUGUCGAUCCGUAAACGGCCGCAUUAAUUUGACUGCUGAAAGCAUUUCGAAUCUCUACACUAUUUUGACACAAGGACUCAUCUGAAGAGGAGGGGUAACAACUUCACCAAAAAAUAUUUUUUUAAGAGAAACUUUUUACUUAACGAACGUUUGGAAUUGUUAGAAUUUUUAAGUUUUAUUCGGAUUUUAUUAAAAACAAUCGAACAA